AUGUCGGUCACCCAGUUGGUUCCCGUGGUAGCAGCAGCAUUUGUGGUCCCUGGACAGGACCACGUGAUCUUUGAGGAUGUAGCUGUGUCCUUCUCCCAGGAGGAGUGGGGUCUCCUUAACGAUGCUCAGAGACUCCUGUACUGUGACGUGAUGCUGGAGAACCUGUCACUUAUAGCGUCCCUGGGUUGUUGGCAUGGAGUAGAAGCUGAGGAGGCCGUUUCUGAACAAUGUGUUUCUGUAGAACACGUGACAGAAGACAGGAAUCCAAACCUGGAGCCAUCUAUCCUGAAGCCUCUGACUUCCGAUACGAGUGCCCUGGCAGAGAAGGAUGUUUUGUACUUGUCUGACAAUAUGUUCACGUGUGGAGAGGUUGAGAAGGCUUUCCUAGGCAGCUUGGGCUUUUCCCAGCACCAGUCCUCCCACGAUGGACAACAUCCACGUAGAACCAGGCAGAGCAGGGAGGUCUCUCACCCUGGGCAAGGGCAUCACAAGUGCAGUGAAUGUGGCAAAGCCUUCAGUAAAAAGUUUAAAUUCACAGAGCACCUGAGAGUUCACACUGGAGAAAAACCUUAUGAGUGCAGUGACUGCAGGAAGUUCUUUAGACACAGCUCCAGUCUUAUUCAUCAUCGGAAAGUUCACACAGGAGAAAGGCCUUAUGAGUGCUGUAAUUGUGGGAAAGUCUUUGCCCACAAAUAUAAACUUUUUGAGCACCAGAGAAUCCACACUGGAAAAAGACCAUAUGAGUGUAAUGAAUGUGGGAAAACCUUCCUUCGCAAGGAUUCACUUGUUCAGCACCAAAAAAUCCACACUGGCGAAAAUCCUCAUAAGUGCGGUGAAUGUGGAAAGUGCUUCCUUUACAAAAAUAACCUUCUUGUGCACCAGAGGAUCCACAGUGGAGAAAGGCCUUAUGGGUGUAGCAAAUGUGGAAAGUCUUUUGUCUUCAAAAAAAGGCUUCUUUAUCACCAGCGAAUCCACACUGGAGAAAGGCCUUACAUGUGCAGUGAAUGUGGGAAAGCCUAUGUCUACAAAGGAAGUCUUAUUGUACAUAAGAGAAUUCACACUUUAGAAAAGGCUUAUGGGUGUAACAAAUGUGGGAAAUUCUUUACAAGCAGUUUUGCCCUCAAUAGACAUGAGAAUGUUCACACUGUGCGAAGGCGUUAUGAGUGCAGCGAAUGUGGGAAAGCUCUCAAUGGCAAAGUUAAACUUGCUGAGCACCAGAGAAUCCAUACUGGAGAAAGACCCUAUAAGUGUAAUGAAUGUGAGAAAGCCUUCAUGCACAAGUAUACACUUGUUCAGCACCAAAAAGUCCACACUGGAGUAAAGCCUUUUAAAUGCAGCGAAUGUGGGAAGCCCUUCACUUACAAAACAAGUCUUGUUGUCCACCAGAGAAUCCAUACUGGAGAAAGGCCUUAUAUGUGCAGUGAAUGUGGGGAAGCCUUUGUCUACAGAACAAGUCUUGUUGUCCAUCAGAGAAUCCACACUAGAGAAAAGCCUUAUGAAUGUAGUUCUUUGUAGGCAGCUCCAAGCUCAUAAAAAACAAGAAAGUUCACACUGGGGCAAUGCCUUCUGGACUUAUGUUUUCCUUCAUUUGAGUUAAUAUCUAGAAGCACAAUUCCUAUGUAGUAAAGUAGGUGAAUGUAUACCUUAUAUGUGGCCAGUAAAACUUUUCUAAAAUGGUAGUAUCUUUUUAUAGUCUCACGAGAAGCAGCAGAACAUGAGUUCCUGUUUUUUACAUUUUUACCAACACUUGGUAUGUUCAGGCUUUCUAAUUUCAGUGAUGUCAUAGGUGUAUCCAGUGAUUUUAACUAACAUUUCCCUAUUGACACAAUGUGAGUGGUUUUCCAUGUGUUAAUUUCCAACCAUUAAAAAAAUUUUUUUUAUUGGAGUAUAAUUAAUUUACAAUGUUGUGUUUUUCAUUACAUAUGUUAAUUAGAAUUAUUCACCUUUGAAACCUUAAUUUCUAGUGAAAACUAAGAAGCAAGCAAUUUUGAACUAUCUUUUACAUUAGCAUUCUGUAAGUUGGCAAACUUAUAAAUACUAUUUAUAAUUUCUUUAAAAAAGUGCUUUCUUAUAGAAAAUGUCUCCUGUGGCACCAAACAUACAUUUUUUUAAAAUUUAUUUUUGGCUGCUUUGGGUCUUCAUUGCUGCACAUGGGCUUUUUCUACUUGUGGCAAGUAGGGGCUACUUUUUGCUGGGGUACAUGGGAUUCUCAUUGUGGUGGCUUCUCAUUGCAGAGCACAGGCUCUAGGUGUGUGAGCUUCAGUAGUUGCAGCACACAGCCUCAGUAGU